AUGGCCGACCACUCGACAGCAAACUUUCCUCCCGUCUCGAGCGACGUCGUCAACCUUGCGAUCGCCGAAUUGGCCAUCUACGCCAUCAUGUUUCCGGCAGCGGUAUGGAUUACAUGGAAGCACGGCAAGAAGGGAAUGGUGUGCUGGCCGAUUUUCCUGUCACAUUUCUUUGGGAGAUUCAUUGCCGAUAUCUACCAAAUCGUCAAGAAGGAUGAGCCGCUGUUACCGAAUCAAGUCAAUAUCAUGACCAAUGCGGCCAGCGUUGCAUGCCUUUCACUGACACUGAUCGGCAUUGUUUACGAAGCCAAUAUCAUUCUGCCCUCACCUCCCAAGCGAUGGACUGAAAAGAUCAUUCUCGGAGUCACUCAUCUUGCGAACACGGCCGGUAUUGGAAUGGGAACCUACGGAGGAUCACCUAGCCCUAAGGGUGGCGUCAUCAACGAGAACAUCAACCAAAUCGGCCAAUGUCUACAACUCUUUGUCCUUUUUGGAGUCUGCGGUUGGAUGUGGCCCACCUACAAGCGCAUCCGAUCCGCGUCGUCGCCGAACUGCCGUCCUGCCAUGCUCAUGCUCCGCGCCGCGGUCAUCGGCAUGCCGUUUCAUCUGAUCCACCUGGCUUACACGACGACAUACGCCUUCGACCGCAUCCCGAGUCUGGACCCCGUCAUGGGAACCUUCGCAACGAAGCUCGUCCUGCUCUUCGGCACAGAGCUGGGCGUUUCCAUCGCCAUGAUCGGCGGCGGUUGGCUCGGUAUGUCUGCCGACGUCCCCAAGGCCGUUCAGAUGGAGCUGUCCCCUGUCGAUGUGGAGGGCAGCAAUAACGAUCCUGUGAGAGACGACAUUCCUUUGUCCCGGGACUGGAACAGAGACGACAUUGCCAGGGCGAAGCUGGGCUUCGUCUAA